AUGCCUAGAGACCCUACAAAUUCCCUUAUUUUGACGAAUCUUAGUCAAGCAAGUUUAGACUCACCCAAUGAGCUAGUCAGUCUAUUGUCUAAUGAGAAUGAUCUCAUUGAGUUGGUGAUCUUGUCCAAAUUGUCUAGAAUAAUCCUCAUAUGUGAAUCAGCCUCAGUAGCCAUUCGAGUCAAGGCGGUGAUUUCUCAACAUAUGCCUCAUGUGAAUGUAUCGUUUAGCAUCAAGGAUAACAACUUUGAUAUCAACAAGGCUGAAUUGGAUUCAGCAACAACGGGAUACCAAGAGAAAACAUACCUUGAGCUUCCGCAUGACCUAAAUCUGAAACGUUUCCUUAUUAGUCCGCCAAUGAGUCCACAAGGAGAAUGGAAUGAUUGGGGCAAGAUGGAAGAAGGGCCCAAUCAAGUGGAUAUAUACUCACCAGAGGAGCUUUCUAAUUUAUUAUGGCAGAGACUAGGUAACACUAGUAUGGUGGAAAAGGUGCAUCUGGAACCCAAGACAGGGAGAACCAUUGAUCUUGAAAUUGAGCCUGAGCUACUCUUUAAUGGGAUAGAUAAUGGCGUACCAGCCAUUAUCUUGGACAAAGCUGACCAUGAAUUGGUGGAGGAGAAACUCCCGAAAACAUCAAUGCCUCCUGUGUGA